CUAGAUCUCUCUGGUUUAAGCGAGCCCGCGGAGCAGCGGGAAGGGAACUAAGCGCGGUCCCCCGACGAGGAGCUAUUUCUCCGCGGGUGCUCCCGCAUCAUGUUUGGCGCGCCCAUGCCAUUGGAUUUUGUCGUGCUGUUCUGCUUGGCAUCUGCGAUCGCAGCCGUGGAAGAAACCCUAAUGGAUACUCGGACAGCCACAGCUGAACUUGGAUGGACAGCAAACCCACCUUCAGGGUGGGAAGAAGUCAGUGGCUAUGAUGAGAACCUCAACACUAUCCGGACUUACCAGGUGUGCAAUGUCUUUGAGCCCAACCAGAACAACUGGCUCCUCACCACAUUCAUCAACCGACGGGGAGCGCAUCGCAUCUACACAGAGAUGCGCUUCACGGUGAGGGACUGCAGCAGCCUCCCAAAUGUCCCUGGUUCCUGCAAGGAAACCUUCAACCUGUAUUACUAUGAGACAGACUCUGUCAUCGCCACCAAGAAGUCAGCCUUCUGGACAGAGGCCCCCUACCUCAAGGUGGACACCAUCGCUGCAGAUGAGAGCUUCUCUCAGGUGGACUUUGGUGGCAGGUUGAUGAAGGUGAACACAGAGGUGAGGAGCUUUGGUCCCCUCCAUCGCAACGGCUUUUACCUGGCCUUUCAGGAUUAUGGGGCAUGCAUGUCACUGCUGUCGGUGAGGGUCUUCUUUAAGAAAUGCCCCAGCGUGGUGCAGAAUUUUGCCAUCUUCCCAGAGACGAUGACAGGAGCAGAGAGCACCUCCCUAGUGAUUGCACGGGGCACGUGCAUCCCAAAUGCCGAGGAGGUGGAUGUGCCCAUUAAGUUGUACUGCAAUGGUGAUGGGGAGUGGAUGGUUCCCAUUGGCCGCUGUACCUGCAAGGCUGGAUAUGAGCCCGAGAACAAUGUGGCCUGCAAAGCUUGCACAGCAGGGAUGUUCAAAGCAAACCAGGGUACCGGGAUCUGCACACAGUGCCCCUCCAACAGCCGCUCCACGUCAGAGGCUGCCCAUAUCUGCACUUGUCGCAAUGGUUACUACCGUGCUGACUUUGAUCCAUCAGAGGUUCCUUGUACCGGUGUUCCUUCAGGGCCUCGCAACGUGAUCUCUAUUGUCAACGAAACGUCAAUUAUACUAGAAUGGCACCCACCCCGGGAGACGGGAGGUCGUGAUGAUGUGACCUACAACAUUGUCUGCAAGAAGUGUCGGUCGGACCGCCGUAGCUGCUCCCGCUGUGAUGACAAUGUGGAGUUUGUGCCAAGGCAGCUGGGCCUCACGGAAACCCGGGUCUUUAUCAGCAACCUGUGGGCCCAUACACCAUAUACCUUUGAGAUCCAGGCUGUCAAUGGAGUUUCCAACAAAAGCCCAUUCCCACCACAGCAUGUGUCCGUGAACAUCACCACCAACCAAGCUGCUCCCUCCACAGUUCCCAUCAUGCACCAGGUAAGUGCCAGCAUGAGGAGCAUCACACUGUCAUGGCCUCAGCCGGAACAGCCCAACGGCAUCAUCCUGGACUAUGAGAUCCGUUACUAUGAGAAGGUGAGCCGGAUCUGCAUCCCCGAGAUUAGCAGCACUAUGGGCGCAAGACCAUCCACCGACCACAAUGAGUACAAUUCCUCCAUGGCCAAGAGCCAGACCAACACGGCACGAAUUGAUGGGCUGCGACCAGGGAUGGUGUAUGUGGUACAGGUUCGGGCUCGGACAGUGGCUGGCUAUGGGAAAUACAGUGGGAAAAUGUGCUUCCAAACCUUAACGGAUGAUGACUACAAGUCAGAACUGAGAGAACAACUGCCAUUGAUUGCCGGGUCUGCAGCAGCAGGGGUCGUCUUUAUUGUCUCCUUAGUGGCUAUUUCAAUUGUUUGCAGCAGGAAGCGAGCUUACAGCAAAGAGGCAGUAUACAGUGAUAAGUUACAACACUACAGCACUGGUCGAGGAUCCCCAGGAAUGAAGAUCUACAUUGACCCUUUUACGUAUGAGGACCCCAAUGAAGCUGUUCGUGAGUUUGCCAAGGAAAUUGAUGUGUCUUUCGUGAAGAUUGAAGAAGUCAUUGGAGCAGGGGAGUUUGGUGAAGUCUACAAAGGGCGUCUCAAACUGCCUGGCAAGAGAGAAAUCUAUGUGGCUAUUAAGACAUUAAAAGCUGGCUACUCUGAGAAGCAGCGGCGGGAUUUCCUGAGUGAGGCCAGCAUCAUGGGUCAGUUUGAUCAUCCAAACAUUAUUCGGCUAGAGGGGGUGGUCACCAAAAGCCGCCCGGUGAUGAUUAUUACAGAGUUUAUGGAAAAUGGUGCCCUGGAUUCCUUUUUACGACAAAAUGAUGGGCAGUUUACAGUCAUCCAGUUGGUGGGGAUGCUGCGAGGGAUUGCAGCUGGUAUGAAGUACCUUGCAGAAAUGAAUUACGUCCACCGGGACCUCGCAGCCAGAAAUAUCCUGGUCAACAGCAACCUGGUUUGCAAAGUAUCUGACUUUGGCCUGUCACGUUACUUACAAGAUGACACCUCAGACCCAACUUAUACCAGCUCUUUGGGUGGGAAGAUCCCAGUGAGGUGGACAGCCCCAGAGGCCAUCGCCUACCGCAAAUUUACCUCUGCCAGCGAUGUGUGGAGUUAUGGGAUUCUCAUGUGGGAAGUGAUGUCAUUUGGGGAAAGACCCUAUUGGGACAUGUCCAACCAAGAUGUAAUUAAUGCAAUUGAACAAGACUACCGGCUCCCUCCUCCCAUGGACUGCCCAGCUGCCCUCCACCAGCUUAUGUUAGAUUGCUGGCAGAAAGACCGCAACACCCGGCCACGCUUUGCUGAAAUAGUUAACACCCUAGACAAAAUGAUCCGUAAUCCAGCAAGCCUCAAAACUGUGGCUACCAUCACCGCUGUGCCUUCUCAGCCACUGUUGGACCGCUCCAUCCCUGAUUUCACUGCCUUUACCUCAGUAGAAGAUUGGCUCAGCGCCAUCAAAAUGAACCAGUACAGAGACAGUUUUCUGACUGCUGGAUUCACGUCCCUUCAAUUAGUUGCCCAAAUGACAUCAGAGAACACUUUUAUGCCACUGUUUGAUGCCGAAAGGACAUGGAAAGAGGCCAGCCCUGACAGCGAAGCUUACCACCGCAGACCUGUCCUUGUUUUCCGCUGGCAAGGUAGCCAUGCCCUGCAGAUGAGCUGUGACCUCCUGAGGGUGAUGCCAAGCUCUCGUGUAAAGAACAUGCUCCAUCCCGAUGAGCAGAGGAAGCAAGAGUCCUCCCGCAGUAGCAUGCACUGUCCCAGCCAACAGAGGCCCCACCGUGUACAUAGCCAAUGAGAUGUCUGUAAAGGAUUGCGCCCUCUUGUACAUUUCCCUUGUUCCCUUUCAACUUGUUGAUUGUGUCAAAAUUGUCAGAGUUUGUAACAGUAACUUUCAGAAAAUAUUGUACUAAAAACUGAAAAUUGCACUCAAUAAAAAUUACGAAAUAACCUUGA